CCACUUUCCGGGCUCCCGACCUCGGCUCGGUGCAGAGGAAGAGGAAAUGAGUGCGGCCGCCGCGCCGGCGCCCGAACGGGGUUGGAAGAGCGAGAAAGUGGACGAGGCGCAGGCCCUGGCGCGGAGCUGCGCCGCCCGCAGACCCGACUUCCAGCCGUGCGACGGGCUCUCGAUCUGUGCCACUCACAGCCAUGGCAAGUGCUUCAAGCUGCACUGGUGCUGUCACCUAGGAUGGUGUCACUGCAAAUACGUAUACCAGCCCAUGACCCCUGUGGAGCAGCUGCCAAGCACUGAGAUUCCUGCCAGGCCUCGGGAACCCACAAACACCAUUCAGAUCUCAGUCUCGCUCACCGAACACUUUUUGAAAUUCGCAUCUGUCUUCCAGCCUCCCCUUCCCCCGGACUCCCCCAGGUACUGUAUGAUUUCAGACCUCUUCAUCGACAACUAUCAGGUUAAAUGCAUCAACGGGAAGAUGUGCUACGUGCAGAAGCAGCCGGCGCCACAUUCCCACAAGAUGAGCCCCGAGGAGGUCUCUGCACACGAUGCCUUAAUUUCAAAAGAGAGCAAUACGCCAAAAAUAGAUCACUGCUCUUCUCCCUCAAGUUCUGAGGACUCUGGGAUCAAUGCGAUUGGGGCUCACUAUGUGGAGUCAUGUGAUGAGGACACAGAAGAAGGAGCAGAACUGAGUUCAGAGGAAGAUUACAGUCCAGAGAGCAGCUGGGAGCCGGAUGAGUGCACCCUGCUCUCCCCCUCGCAGUCUGACCUGGAAGUGAUCGAAACAAUAGAGACCACCGUGUGAGUCCAGGCGCCCUGGGACCCACACUGAGCUUUUGUACUUUGGUCUGAUGGACCCUUUUCCAAUGCUGUUGAUAUUUUCUACCCCUCCCCACCAACCAUAGCAGUUCAGUGGUCUGCUGAUUAGUGUCACUCUUAAAUUAGUCUUUUAACCAAGACCUUCUUUUUAUUACAAACGGUUUUCUUUUGUAUCUCGACUUACUUUCUAUGUAGCAUCUGGUGUCAUGGAUUGUGACCCAGCCUUAAUUUCCCUGGGAACUGUGAAAGCAGUGAAACCAUGACCACAGAGUAUCAUGGAUCAAGCGGAGGAGCUCCCUAGAGUGAUGGCGACAGUAUUUUUCUAAUAGCCAGUCCUUUGCAGAAAGACUCUUGGCGUCCUGUGGCAUGCUCACGGCACCCCUGUCCUGCUAGUCCCACGGGCAAGCAGCUCCCCAGGGGACAGAGUACCCACUGGUUGAUGCCAUUCCUCCCCUUUACCCUGCUCCCCACCAUCUGUACUGGGUCUGGACCAGAGUUGCCUCCACUUGGAGGACAGCUUGGCCCCGGUAACGGCCAGCGUUUGCACAACCCAUCACAACUGGGGCUCAGCUAGACCUUCAUGUGAGAAGAGAUGACCUCAUCCGUUUCAUGGUCACUCCAGCUUUAGCUGAGCACUUAACAUGCUGCGGGGGCUGUGGGGAUACAGAAUGAAGAUGACCUGAUUUCUCCCAUGAAGGGCCCACAUCCCAAUAGGGGACUCUAUACCAGCAGCUAGCGGUAUCCAGUGCUCUGGGAAUGCAGGGGAAGGAGAGGUGGACGUGGCUUGGGGAUGGUGCUACAGCAUUUGAGCUGGCCGUGUGGGUUCUCCAGCAUCUCCCUGCUUUCUUUCAUCGUUCUUCAAAACUAAGGAAACACUUAGGAAGUUAUUUAGGUAUUGUAUUUAGGAGGCAGCCACAUCUGACAUCUUAAGGAAAAAGAAACCAAUAGUUUUAGUUAGCAUGGAAAUGCUAAAAGACAGAAGUCCUUUAGGGAUUAGGAAUGAAUCUAAUAGGUUUGAUUAAUUCUGCUUCAUUUGGUUGUAUGAAGCAUUAGAAUGGCUUAGGUGAGAAAUGAAUUAGAAUUCAGUAUGAUGCAUGGAUUUUUUUAUGCAAAUGCAAAAGCAGUUGAAAUAGUUCACUGCUGAGUCAGGAGAAAAUAUUUUGUGUAAUAUUCAUUUACUACACUAAUAUUUAUAGUCCAUUGUAUAUGUUCUCUUUUUUCACACACAAAAUAGACAAUAAUUCUUAGCUCUCUUCAGAAUUCUAUUCCUAAUCUCUAUUUUAUACCAACUAUCCUCAUGAGUUGGUUAUCUGCCAUUUCUCCAAAUUUUCUGUGAGGCAUAGUUAAGAAUCCAGGAACUUUCAAGUAUUGCCUAAUGAGAUGAGAACCAUCAGUGCUGCAGAGAGAAAAAUGACUCUUCCAUCUCCGCUCUCUGGGAGUGUGCUCCUGUGGCACUGUCUUGUGCUCUGUCCACAUCUCUCCUGUGUCUUGUUAAGUGUUUUAGGAAAGAAGAAGCCGUAUUCUUCCCCAAAUCCUCCACUUGGUAUCCUUUACAAACUACUUGAGAAAGAAUCUGCUUUCCUGGUUAUAUGUGUAGUCCAAGUGAUUUACUAGAUUUUUGUUAGGUUUAGGUGCCCCAAACAGCCAUAGGGUCGAAGGCAGAGCAUGCAUCUUCCUUGGAAACCAGCAUUAGUUAAAACUUUGCGUGUUGGACGAGGAUGCAGCAUAAGGUUUCCACUUAUUGAAAUGUGGAACUCAAAAUGAGAACCUGAGAAGGUAGUACUACAGCUUACUCCAGGAGCUUCCAGGGUGGGUGUGAGCCUGAGGGGCUUUCUCUGCUUGGCCCUGGCUGCCCUGUGACCUGGGGACAUCUGAUGAGCCCUGCCUGAGCUUCUUGGUGCCUCCCUUGAGGGAGUGGCUGAAGGCAGGCAUGAAGGCAGUGCCUACAAGGGGCUCACCAGCUAUUGUGUACUCAGGGUUGUAAUGGCACCCGAGGGCCCUGGCUAGGUGUGCCCCUGGGUGAGCACCUUGACUUUCCCCCCAAAGGGCACAGGCAGGGGGCUGUUUCUCUACCCCGGUCCCCUCAGUUUUCUAUUCUGGGCCCAUAGCCACAGAGUGAACUCACUGGAGUCAACAACCAGGGCCCCAAAGCCCUGGAAAUACAUGGUCAUGCCUACGUUUCCAGAGCUUGGCUGUGUGUCAGGGUUGGGCCCUUUUAUCAGUAAUAUCUAUGACUUUUGUUCAGGUUCCUGUUUUUUAAACUCCUUUACUGCCACUUAGAUCAGCCACAAUUUUAAUGGAAUUUUUGGAUAUGAUAAUGGUUGAUAACCACUUUAAACAUUUGCACAGUCUCUUUAUAAUUAAAAACUCAUUAGGCUUCACUUACUGUUUUAUAGAAGUACAGAUGUUCCCCUUGGAUUCUAAAUAUCAGAUACUUCUGGAUCUCAAAAAAAGUCUUUUUUAAAAUAAGCACAAACAAGAAUUUCUUUGGUCCUAGCACUGUUAAUGCUAAUAACCUGAAAUACAAUUGAACUGCAAUUGUUCUUUAUUCUUUCAUUCUAAAACCAACUGAGGAGGAUAUAAAAAUGUGUAGUUUCAACUUAAAAUCUAGGUAUCUUCUGUUCUAUAGAAUAUGAAAGAAUUUCUCUGUAAUCCUGAUAUUAUAUUGCUAAUUUGCAUAAGCAUAUUUAUAGGCACUUUAGAAAAUACUUAGACUGCAAUAUGUAGUAUAGGCAUUAAGCACAGUCAUGUUAAAAUAGAUUUUUGAUUAAUACUUGUACAAAAAGAGAGAGAUGAGGGCUUCAUCAUUUGGGCCUCUUGGAACAGGGCUGGGUCAUGUGGGUGGAUAAACUGCUUUCUUGGGGCUUUUUGGAAACCUGGCACCUUUCUCGCUUUUAGCAAGUUGGUCUAAAGGCUAUUAGGCAGAGGCUUAAUUUCACUAAAUGGAGAAUUUUGCUUUCUUAUCUAACCAGGAUUUCAGAAUUUAAAUUUCAAAUAUGCUUACAACUUUUCUGAGAAACGACAAAGCAAUUAAAGUGCUUUUGUGAUUAUAACUGUUUGGUACACUGAAAAAUAAGGCUUUAUUGUCAAAUCCAGGUAUUUUUUACCUUGUAAUUUCUUAAGGUAUAAUAUUGAAAAUUUGAGGACAACCCUGUGGGAAAAAGAGUUGCUUUUCUGGAAAACUUGCAGUUCAAGGUCAUAGAAAAAACGAUGCAGUUAUUUCCUGAUUUGAUCUAGGAUUUGUUUGUAUCUUGGAAGUGGUAGUUUUAUUUCUUAAUCUCCACUUCUUCUUGGUCUAUUUGAAACGUCACAGUCCUUCUGGGACUGAUCAUAACAAACUCUUUUGCAAAUUUAAUUCUGUUUGGGGAAUAGGAUACAACCAGAUACUUGAGGAAGCUGUCAAAAUACCCAAAUGCGUUUGGCAGUGUGGAUACCACUGGGCAAGAAAAAAAGCACAAGUUAAAGGAAUGUUUAUAUUGUCCCUUCUUAAUUACUCCCACAUCCUGUUUGCAAAAUUUUAUUAUCAUGUUUUGGCUUUUCACAGGAGGAACACAGUUUGCCCAUUUUCUUUCCUACCCCCUUGUCCAGAGGAGGUAUGAACCUGAAAGGAAGUGGCCUGUUGUACUUUGGCUUUUGGUAGUGGGUGGCCUCCCUGCCAUCGAGGGUGAGGCUGUGGGGGAGGCCAGGUGAGCCCACUCACUUGUCAGUGCCACCCACUCGGGGAUGUCAGUUUUCCUUGAAUCCAAACAUAAAUACAAGGGCACUUCUCAAAACGAAUUCACCAUGUAAAAAUUGAAUCAUGAUGAUGGAAACUGAGCGUCGGUUGUGCUGGGGAAGGGCCCCCUUCCUGCCAGCGGGGGCGGUUUCUGGAGGAGGAAGCAGUGCUCUUGUCCCCCGCCCCCCCCCCAUGGACAAGACAGCCAGCUGCCGCAGGAAACCCAUGGCUGCUGGUGUCUGUGGAGGCUCCGUGUCGUUCACGCGCGCUGCUUAAGGCUGUUCACACCUGGCGAUGUUCACUUACUGUGCUGUUUUUUUUUAAACUUGUCUAUUUUAAAGUUUUAAGCACAAUGUUGACCCUUCUGUAACUUCCUAAAAUUACAUUGUUUUCCUAAGACAGCUCAACUUUCCUUUUGUGUGUAAUACUUUAGGAAAACACUGCCUUGUGAAAUAAACGUGAUUUUUUUCUUCUUUUGUA